CCGAGAGCGUGGUCACGCAUCUGGGGGCUCGGCCGUACGUAAUGGCGUCGAAGGCGCGCGCGACUUAAAGCAACGCGUCGUCCCGUGUUGAUGUGUCGCAGCAGAUUUGAAAAAGUGUUCCAGCAGAACACUUUGUCGCACGACAAACACGCGACCUCGGUGGGAUUUGAGUCGCCAGGAGGAGGACUCUUUGGUUUUUUGACGUCUUCACUCUUUUUCGUCUUUCUAUUAGCCGCUCAUUGAACACAGCCGGGUUGUUUGGCGCGGGCAUGGAGCUGUCAUCCAUCGGGGACCAAGUGUUCGCAGUGGAGUCCAUCACCAAGAAGAGAGUCCGAAAGGGAAAUGUGGAAUACCUUCUGAAGUGGCAGGGAUGGCCGUCCAAGUACAGCACUUGGGAGCCCGAAGAAAAUAUAUUGGACCCUUGUUUGGUCCAUACCUACGAGGAGAAUCGGGAGAAGCUCCGGGCUCUGGCCUAUCGCAAGAAAGGUCUCCGACCAAGAAGUCUUGUCUUUCGGAACCUCUUCGCCAUGGACCUACGCAGUGCCCAUAAGGCUCCGGACAAACCUCCGCCUCGGCUACGCCUCUCCCUCACCCGCGCCAUGAGCACGGACGUGGACAACGGCGACCAUGGAAGCCAGUACUGUCGCUCGGCAAAGAGGAGGAGCAAGCAGCGGGUGAUGCCCGUCGCAAAGAAGGUGGCGGACUGGGGAGACACGAGUGAAGAAGAGAAGCAUGAGUUGGUGGGACGUGACGACAGCUUGUAUGGUCAGUCUGAGUGCAGCUCGCUGCCUGCUUUGGAGCGACAGGAUUUGGAGAUUGAGGCGAUGGAGAGCGCCGACAUGUGCGACCAAUCAAACGACGAGGUCUCAAGGCUGGAGGAAGGAGCAGGAGACCCGGUUGUGCCAGGCAGGGACACAAGUGAGGUGGGGGCGGAGUCACGGCCGGAGAGUCUGGGCUCGGCGAUGGCAAGCGGCGAGCCAGCGGGUGAUAAUCACUGCAUUACCAUGACAACGGAAGGUGACUCGACUACUGUGGGCGUAGCGGAGCAUCUUAGAAAGGUGAUUGAGACAAAAGUGACCAUCAAGUCGCUGACGGUGACGUUCAAGGAGGCUGCCGAGGCCGAGGGCUUCUUUAAAAGUGGUUUGGAAGAAGACACAGCUGGUCAGUAACAAUAAUCAGACUUGCCACUCAUUUUGUAACACAUGUAAAAAGUCAUGUUUACGAUGAUACUCCUUUCCUGCUGAGAAGACAUUGCCUUUGACUCCAAAAAAGGUCAUUUUAUUGUUUGUAAAGCAACUGGAGGGCAAAGGAAAAAGUGUAAAAAGGUAAAAGUUUGUGAGGCAGCAAUCAAACAAACACACUACUUCUUCCACGCAGCUACUUUUUACUCACUCGUCCUCAGUGCUUUCCAGCAAGUCACCAUCACUCCAAUACGGUUAUCUUCUCGCGGGCCUCUUUCCAGCGGUCCGCUUUUUACUACAAAUACCUUUUUUGUGAAGACAAGUUUAUUUCUGUCUCACCAGAAAUAAAACAAAGAAGUAAUGACUGCUGCUGCUCAGAUGACGUGCUUGCAUUUAAAGGAAGGAGGAUGAGCACAAAAAAGGAGCAAUGUUGUGUUUGCUGUCUGUUUUAAGUACUAUAAAUGCUACUUGGUUCUAUUUUUGUACUACCAGUUGAUAGUCCACUCUUUACACUGCUAAAAAGAGGAGAUCUCAUUUUGCACUGCUGCUGUUUAUGCUUUGUAGAUUAAUGUACACCAAGCCAGAGUACAUUAGAUCAUACAUAGUGAGCCUUUAUUUAUUGCAUGUUAAAUGUAUAAGCUGAAAUAACUUGUGUGUCUGAAUCAUGUCUUCUCUUGGAAAUGAACCUUUAUUUUGACAGCAUUUCCAAUAAAUAUGUACUCAAGUAA